CGUUGGAUGUUGUAUAUAAAUCCAGGUACGCCCACCAUGUUGCCUUCAGAAACGUAUGCUUUCACAAGCACAAAUCAGUCAAUCACUUCAAGAGCACGAACGAUGGACCCAGUUGUCUUCACACCCCGACUGAAGCUGACGCUAGUCACAAAAAUAGAGCGAGGGAGUCCAGAGCUCGAAUGGAUGCACGAACUGCGCAGCGAUGAAAAGGCUUCAAGUUGGAGCAUAUACGGCCGCUCAAAGACCCUCGAAGACACAGAGAAGAUCUUAAAAGGCCAUCUACCCACCACGGAGGGAGGGGAAAAGGCAUACAGAGUCGCCUAUGCCGUGCACGAGAUGCUCGAGCCAAUGAGCGGUUCCGAAGCAGAGAAAGACCAGAAACCAACCAAGUUCGUCGGUCUUGUAACCCUGACGUCGUUCCCUGUCGGCGGUCUUGUGUUACCGGAGGAGUUCGUGCUCCCAGUUGCGGCCGCGACAACGAUACUGACUGUCGAGCUCGCGUACUCGUUCAUGCCCGCCGCAUGGGGGAAAGGAUACGCGACCGAGGCGUUGUCGGCGCUGUUUGAGGCCGGCAAGAGGGCGCGGGCGUUCUGGGCGCCUUUCGAGAAGGUUUAUGUGAGGGUGAUUGUGAAUGGGGGGAACCCGGCGAGUUUGCGGGUGAUGGGGAAGAUGGAGAAGCAUGGGAUGAAGAAGAGGGGGGUUUACGAGUUGGAUCAUAAGCCGUUUUUCUUGGGUGGAGAGUGGACGGAGCAUAGUAGCUUGCAUAUUUUUGGGAUGCAUCUGAUUGAGCGAUGAGUGGUGGCAGCGACGAGAUGGUUUGAUAAAAGCAUAAUUCUAGAGGUCUUCGAGCAGGGGAGUCUUUGCAUGGGGGAGCUGUUAAGCAAGUCGUGGGGAUAUAGAUGGUAAAUUGAAUACAGUGAAUGCACGAGUUGUUUGUUCUUCCAUAGGUGCCAUGAAGAG